GUCAGUGUGAAGUGCCAUGUGGAGGAAUGGCUGUAAACAGGCUGUGACUCCGUAAACCGACACGUUAAGAGGUGAUUUAACCGCUUCAGUCGACGAUGAGUCUGUUACCGCGCUCCGCGGAGGAGUUCAGCUCCGCAGAGUACUGGGAGAAGUUCUUUAAGAAGCGCGCGGAGAAAGCUUUUGAGUGGUACGGAGACUACAACAAACUGUGCGGCGUCCUGCACAAAUACAUCAAAGUGCACGAUCAGGUGCUGGUGGUCGGUUGUGGGAACUCUGAGCUGAGUGAACAGCUGUAUGAUGUCGGCUACAAGCAUCUGACUAACAUUGACAUCAGCGAGACAGUGGUGAGCCACAUGAACCAGCGAAACGCUGAGCGCCGGCCAGGCUUGACCUUCCAGCAGGUGGAUGCUACACAAACUCCAUAUGAGGAUGCCAGCUACCAGGCUGCUCUGGACAAAGGCACGCUGGACGCCAUGGCAUCUGAAGAGGAAGGAAUUCUGGCCAGGAGCAUGCUCACUGAGGUGGGCCGUGUGCUAAGUGUCGGGGGCCGGUACGUCUGUGUGACUCUGGCUCAGGAGAGUGUGAUCAGAUUGGCUGUGGAGCACUUUGUUCAGCUGGGGUGGGCGGUGCGGCUCCACUGCCUGCAGGAGGAAAGUGGAAAAGAAGAGGACUCCUUCGCUCUGCCCGUCUUUGUUUUGGUCUGCACCAAGUUUCGUCAGCCCAUGCCCACACCUGUUCUGGAGAUGUGUCUCGGGGAGGAUGGUGCCCCAGCGCGGCUCACACAGGUGUCAGAGUUGUUGUCGGCGGUGAGGGAGCAUCAGGCCUACUCUGUCCUGAGAAAGAGGCUCCGCACAGGCACAGACGCCAGCUCGAACCUGUCGCUCACACUCUGCCACACCAAGACUGGCCUCCCCAGAUACACUCUCACAGUGCAAGACUGUUCCCCAGGAGCCAAGGUGCCCAGAUCAAACCACUUUGCUAUAUUUAUUGUGCCUCAAGGCAGCGAGACAGCUUGGCUCUACAGCUCCACUGAGGGGCGCAGGCAGCUGGCGGCCAGCGCUAACUUUCGACGCCUGAUCGUUGUGGCAAUGCACCGGAAUCAGGAGUACACAGACAUGCAGGCUGUCCAGUCAGAGCUCUCGCCGAUGGUGAUGGACCUGGCUCCUCGGGGUAUGCCAGCCAACCAGCAGGUGCCCUUUCUGUCAGUAGGAGGCGACCUGGGAUGGCGAGAGGAGGUCAGCAGGGGUGUGAGUGAGCUGAGUGGAGAGUACUGUGUGGAGAAUGUGAAAGGGGAAGACGGAGAGAUGUACCGCAGACUGGUUUUCCUGUCUAAUGCUGCCCUUGUCCAAUCAGAGAGCCGCCUUGUCUCCUCCAACACCGCUUCGAGUCACAAGAAGAAGAACAGAAAGAAGGCCAAGCCAGCAGCUCCACCAACAACAUCCUCCACCUCUCUGUCCGUGGACAGUGGCUUCCUCUGCUGCGCUCACCAUGAAGUCAUGGUGGCUGGUCUCUCCAUGCUUGGGGUGGGCACGCCGGAGAACAAAGGCGUCCCAGUGUCAGUGCUCCUGGUGGGACUUGGUGGAGGAGGCCUGCCUCAGUUCCUGCGGGACUUUGUGCCGGAUGUUACUGUCGAGGUUGUGGAGCUAGAUCCUGUGGUGCUGGAGGUGGCGAAGGAAUGGUUCGGAUUCAGACCAGACGAUCGUUUGACUGUCACUCUUGGAGACGGCCUUGAGCGCAUCUCUGUCCUGGAGAAGGAAGGUGGUUGUGUGUUUGAUGUCGUCAUGUUCGAUGUAGACAAUAAAGACAGCACUGUGGGUAUGAGCUGCCCCCCCGCUGCCUUUGUAGAAACCUCCAUCCUGAAGAAAGUGAGCAGCCUGUUAACCCCCAGAGGUGUAUUCAUCCUGAACCUCGUGUGUCGUGACUCGGUCUUGAGGGAAAGCGUGCUGCAGCGUGUGAGCGCCGUGUUUCCCGCCAUCCUCUCUCGAAAGAUUGAAGGGGAGGUCAACGAAGUCCUUCUGUGCUCUCGUGGAGAAAAGGAGACGUCGGAUGGCGCCCGCAUCCUGACAUCCCUGAACCAAGCAGCCAAGAGUCUGCAGAGCGCACUGGGCUCUGACCGGACCGGAACCAGCCGCAGGCCACAUAUAGACAUUGUAGAGCUGUUAAAAGACCUGAGAGUAGAGUGACGUGUGAAGGGGGUUUAAUGAGACUGAUUUUAUUAAAAAUCUCUUUUCUCUGAGAGACCUGAGAACAGGAAGCAGAGACAAUGAACAACGAAGACAACACACAACUAAACAACACAAGAAACUGACAAAGAAAUAAUGAACAUUUACAGUGGUCAUAAGAUACAUCAAAUAAUAAAGCUUUAAAAUC